CCCUGGUGCUUCGCGCGGGGAGCGCAAUGCUGAGAGACGCCUCGCGUCUCUCCGAGGGCUCCUGCUAAGUUAACGGAAUAUAUUAUUAUACUUUUCAUUAAAUGCUUUACUUUUGCCACUUUACUAAUUUCAGCGUAGAACAUCGUGACGGCCUGUCAACUUUAAAAGGUUUUAACAAUUUACUGUUCCCCUUUUUUACCUUUUGUAACCAUGAACCAGACCAUGUCAAGCCCCUGAGGGUUUACGCAUUACGGAGAUGGAGCCGGGGUUUCACUGGAAGCGAUGGACGUUCGCGGGGUCAGUUAUCUGCCUACUUCUGUGCGGGUGCGCGCUGGAUCGAGCGCUCGCUCAGAUUCGGUACUCAAUUCCAGAGGAGCUCGAGCACGGAGCAUUUGUCGGCAACAUCGGCGAGGAUUUGGGUUUGGAUGUGGCCAAGUUGUCUGCCAGGAGAUUUAGGAUAGUGUCUGGAGCCAGAAAACAGUAUUUAGAGGUCAAUUUGGAAAACGGGAUUUUGUUUGUGAAUGAGAAGAUUGAUCGAGAAGAGCUCUGCGAACUGAAUCCAGUUUGCUUUUUGCACAUGCAGGUCGUCAUCGAAAGCCCUUUGGACCUAUACCGAGUGGAAGUUGAGAUUUUGGACGUUAACGAUAAUGCUCCGAGUUUUCCGUGGAGCGAGUUUAACCUAGAGAUUACCGAAUCUGCUGCCCCCGGCUCAAGAUUCCCGUUGGAGAGCGCUCAGGACCUUGAUGUCGGCUCGAACUCGCUCCGCUCAUACUUGCUGAGCGCGAACCAACACUUUGUACUGGACAUCCAGACGCGCAACGACGGAAGUAAAUUCGCGGAGCUUGUGCUCGAGUCUCCCUUAGACCGGGAGCAGCAGAAAACUCAUGAAAUGGUUCUCACAGCUGUGGACGGUGGCUCUCCGUUGCGCUCAGGUACGGCUCAAAUCACGGUCACGGUGCUGGAUGCGAAUGAUAACGUUCCCGUAUUCGACCGAUCUGUUUACCGGGUCACUCUCGUAGAGAACGCACCAAGAGGUAGUCUCGUGCUCAAGCUCAACGCCACGGACCUGGAUGAAGGGGCGAACGGUGAGAUAACCUAUUCAUUCAGCGGGCACGCACCCCUAAAAGUGCGUGAGCUAUUUAGUGUGGACUCUUUCUCGGGUGAAAUUCGAGUGAACGGUAUCGUGGACUAUGAGAAAGCCAGCGUGUACGAGCUCUACGUACAGGCUAAAGACAAGGGUCCCUCUGCUGUGGCCGUGCACUGUAAAGUACUAGUCGAUAUUUUAGACGUUAACGACAAUGCGCCCGAGGUCAUUCUGACCUCUGUCUCCACACCUGUUCAGGAGGAUGCACCGCCCGGUACCGUGAUAGCCGUCAUUAGUGUAAUGGACCGUGAUUCCGGGGAGAACGGGGCCGUGGACUGUCAGAUCCCUAGCAACCUUCCCUUUCGGCUUCACUCUUCUUUCAAAAACUACUACACUCUAGUGACGAGCGAAUUUCUAGACAGAGAGCUGAUUUCCGAGUACAACAUCACUCUCACUGCGCGAGAUUUAGGCUCGCCGCCGCUUUCCACUAGAAAAACUAUUCUUGUCCAAGUGUCCGACAUUAACGACAACCCCCCGCGUUUCGUUCAGCCGUCAUACACGGUCUAUGUGACAGAGAAUAAUGCCCCAGGCGCCUCUAUCUGCUCGGUGACUGCAUUCGAUCCGGACUUCAAUCAGAACGCCUAUCUAUCCUACUCUAUUUUAGAAGGUGAGAUACAGGGUAUGCCCGUGUCCACUUACGUCUCAGUCAACUCAGACAACGGCAAUAUUUACGCUCUGCGAUCCUUUGACUACGAGCAGCUCCGAAACUUUCAGAUUCGAGUCCAAGCACAGGACGCCGGUUUUCCGCCGCUAACCAGCAACGUGACUGUCAACGUUUUUGUUUUGGAUCAAAAUGACAACGCACCAGUCGUCGUGUCUCCGUUACCGAAAAACGGCACGCUGGCCACAGAGGUGGUACCUAGGUCGGUGGACGCAGGAUAUCUCGUGGCGAAAAUUACAGCCUUGGACGCCGACGCAGGGCAAAAUUCUCGCCUCUCUUAUCAGGUGCUGCAGGCGACAGACCCGGGGCUGUUUAGCGUUGCCCUUUACACGGGUGAAAUUAGGACGAUCCGUCGCUUCACCGACAAAGACGCCACCAGGCAAAGACUCGUCAUACUGGUCAAGGACAACGGACAACCUCCGCUUUCUGCUACAGUUUCUAUCAUUUUGUCAUUAGUGGACAGCGUCCCGGAGUCCCUGUCAGAUUUCGGUGACCUCUCGCUCAGCCAUCAGCCGCCUUCCAGCCUCGCGCUCUAUUUAAUCGUGUCAUUGAGCACCGUCUCGCUGAUCUUCCUUGUGGCUAUUCUUGUACUGACCGGGGUCAAGUGUUACAAAGACCGAGACUGCACGAGCAGCUACGCGCUUUCCUCGUUCGGAGGUGCCUGCUGCAGUUUCGAGCCCGAGCCACCCACGGAGGUGUUCAGAAAGUCUAACCUUAAUAUGCAGAUUUCCACAGGAGCCAAAGUGCCCACGAACUGCGUGGAAGUGAACAGUAACACGGGAACUCUGUCUCAGUCGUACUGCUACAAGGUGUGUCUGACACCGGAAUCCGCCAAAAGCGACUUUAUGUUUCUAAAGCCAUACAGUCCCGGUACCCCGAGAAACAACGUCGCGAAGGGGACCGACAAUCUGGCGUGGAACGCGCAGAGCCGAAGCUCUUCGGUGAACAACGGAGCGACAACUGCUAACGAGUUGAAGCAAGACAAUACUGACUGGGCUCUCAACAAGAAUCACACUUCGUCUCUGAAGAGCUAUAACUCAGUAAACAUGGACGGCAGUCUAAUGCGGAAGGCCACGCAGACUGAUCCUGAGAACUAUAUCAGACCAGGGGCUGCUGGACAGUACUGGACCUGGGGGACACGCAUGAGAGAGUACAGAAUGUCGUCACCAGCAUCGGGACCUCCGCAGCGGACCUGGACGCCACGCUACAGCACCACCACCAACCCCCAGCAGCAGCAGCCGGCAGCCCGCCCACAGGCCCAACCUCCACCCGACUACCAGCAUAAUGUCUACAUCCCCGGCACCCCCUCCGCCCUCUGCACCCUGCGGCCCGGCCAGCGGGGCGAACUGGAUGUCCACAACUCCUUCUCCACCUUUGGCAAGAAACGCAAGUUCAUCUCGCCCAGCAGCUAUGACUCACAUGAGGACGUGGGGGCAGAGGUCAUCAACAAUGACCUGUACAACAAAUAG